AUGGCCGAUAUGGAAACAGAGGAUGCGGUGCGCAAUCCAGGCAAAAGAUCUCGUUCAGAGGCGGAUCCGGAGUCUCAUGACAAUAAUGGCUCUAUAUCAUCCUCUGAAGAUGAUUUUGGCCCUGCUCUGCCCACCGCCCAGCCAAAAAAAAAGCGAAGAAAGCUACCAUACGAAAAGCUGUAUAUCAGUGCUCUACCCAACUCUACGAGGUAUUCCAAAUCAUUGAUGCACAAGGAACAGCUCUCCUUUACUACUAUAACACCACAUACCGACUUCCUUAUCACAAGUUCCGUUGAUGGGGUAGUCAAGUUCUGGAAGAAAAUGGCCGUUGGAGUGGAGUUUGUCAAGGAAUAUCGUGCUCACGCGGGCGAUAUUCUCAGUGUCAGCGUUAGUGCUGACGGUCGGAGCUUUGCUACUACCGGCGCAGACCAGACCGUAAAGAUAUUCGAUGUGGUCACUUUCGACCUGCUAGCGGCCCUAAGCCCUGAUUUCACGCCUUCAUGUGUAUGUUGGGUGCACCCAAGAGGCGCAUCCUUGCCACUGCUGGCAGUUGCUGGCGAAUCCAAUAAUACUAUUUGUAUAUUUGAUGGGCGGGGAGAAAAUCAAGUACCACUUCACACUUUGUCACAUAUACACCGCACUUCUGUUGUCACAAUGGCAUAUAAUAAUACAUAUGACUGUGUCGUAUCGGCAGAUAAUGGAGGCAUGCUGGAGUACUGGCGGCCAAGCGAAAAUUUCGAAAAGCCGGACGGGCUAUUUGAUCUCAAAUCAUCUACCGAUCUAUUUGCAUUCAAAAAGGCAAAAUCAUCGCCGGUUUCUCUUGUAUUCUCACCAUCUGGCCACCAGUUCGCAACGUUCUCUUUUCCUGACCGCCAAAUCCGAAUAUUUGAUUUUCAAACAGGAAAGCUGUAUCGGUCAUAUGAUGAGUCUCUCACGACCCUUACCGAUAUGCAGCAGGCAGGAACAGCGUUACAGAAGUUAGAAGAAGUGGAAUUUGGCCGUCGGAUGGCUGUCGAGCGAGAUUUGCAAAACCCUGUCAUUGCCCCAAAAAUCAAUGUUGUUUUCGAUGAAUCAGGCCACUUUGUCCUGUACGGCUCUAUAUUGGGUAUUAAAUGCAUAAAUACCUAUACCAACCGUGUUGUUAAAGUUUACGGAAAAGAUGAGCCUUUUCGCGCUCUUAACCUCGCAGUUUAUCAAGGUCAGCCACAGAAGAAAGGCGUGGUAACAGUCUCGAUGGCGGCGAGCGCAAAUCCUCUUCUCCAAGAAGCCGAGGAGCGAGAUCCGGUUCUUAUAUGUACAGGAUUCGCGAAACCGCGUUUCUACAUAUUUUCAAAUGAAACCGAUAUUUCAAAAUCAACUCGUGAUGUGCAAAACGAAAAACCGCGGCAUGACCGCGAUGUUGCUCGGGCCGGAGCCAGUGAGAAGCAAGUAAAUACCGGUACCUCUGCCAUCCUGCACACUACCAUGGGAGAUAUCCACCUUCGACUUUUUCCUUCCGUGGCCCCAAAAGCGGUAGAGAAUUUCGUCACACACGCUCGUAACGGUUAUUAUAACAAUACCAUCUUCCACAGAGUGAUCCGUAAAUUCAUGAUCCAGGGUGGCGACCCUCUCGGCGAUGGAACUGGUGGGGAAUCAAUCUGGGGUAAGGAAUUUGAAGACGAAUUCUCGUCCUUAUCGCAUGACAGCCCAUUUACAUUGUCAAUGGCCAAUGCUGGCUCAAACACAAAUGGGAGCCAGUUUUUCAUUACGACUGAGAAAACCCCUUGGCUAGACGGGCAUCAUACAAUAUUCGGGAGGGCAAUAAAAGGCUUGGAUGUCGUACACCAAAUUGAAAAUGUCAAGACGUAUAAGGAGAAGCCAGAGGUUGAUGUGAAAAUUAUUAGCAUAAGCACAGCGUAG